UACCUUGUACACCUGCGAGACUGAAGCCACGGAGUUCCGGAAAAAACUUGUUUGGAAACUUCAUCUUGAUUUCUAUAAGCAACCCUGGAGGAAGAACUAAAAACAGGACGCAGAGGGUGUUUCAGGUGUAAUGUGUACGCCUAUCAGCUUCAGAUUCUGAUGAUGUUUAAAUGUUCUAAAAAGCUUUUCUUCCUGUUGUGUUUAGUUUUAAGCAAAUGAAAUGGCAGAAGGGCAUGACGAUUAUAUCAAUCAAGGACGAGCUGUCCCUGCUUCCGGCUCCCCUCUGAUGUCCCACAGCUGCAGAUCCCCCCAAACGCGACUGCCAGUUGAAGCUUCUCUGUGGCCUCCCAGGAGUAAUCGUCACUCAGAGCAGGAUGAAGACUCUGGGGAUUGUCCCAUCGGGACGCAGUCAAGUGAACGCAGUUCAUCGAGAUUCUAUGAGGAGCUCUUCUGUACCAGUCAGUCUUCCAUCCCUCUGGUCCCUCUGGCUGGUGCCUUAAUGGGCUCCUCCGGACCCCAGAGCGAUGUGACGAAGCAAGGCUAUCUAGGAAAGGUGGAGCGGAGCCACAGAAGAUAUUUUGUCCUGAGAGCAGGAAGUCACACUGGCCCGAGCCGACUGGAGUGGUUCAAAAACAAGGAGAAGUUCACUGCAAUGGAAAAGUCUGCUGGGAAAACUGGGCUGUUCGGGUUGAACAAACAAGGGACGAUUUACCUGCGCUGCUGUCUUGGCGUGAGUAGAAUUGGCAAUUCGUGUAAAGGCCACACGGUGGCGCUGUAUGCCAAUGAUCAGACCAUGGUUCUAGUGACGGAAGACCAGCAGGAACAGGACGACUGGUACGUAGCCAUAAAAAAACUGAUGGAGGAAGAGCAGAAGGAUGAAGAGCAUGGAGAAGGGGCUGAUGAAGAGGAUGAUGGGUAUUGUACUCUGCCACCUGCAGCUUUCUUCAAGGAGGUUUGGCCCGUCACAGUGAAGCCCAGAGGUCUGGGUAGUUCCAAACCUCUCACAGGGGAAAACCGGCUCUGUCUUACAACAACUUCACUUGUCCUGGUCCGACUCGGAGCCAGCAGUGAUUUGCCAUCUGUGACUAUACCUUUAUUGAGCGUUCGCCGCUUUGGACACCUGGAUGGCCUGUUCUUCUUGGAGCUCGGCAGGUCGGCACCAAAUGGUCCUGGAGAGAUUUGGAUGGAAGCAGGGGAACAAGGAAACUUAGCUCUGGCCCAGCAGAUUCAUGAGGCAGUUCGAGAGACGGUACGAGCUCUACGAGCUCUUCCAGACUUCAGUAGAUCACCGACCUCAAGUCAAAAUCAGCCUCCAGGCCUUCUGGCCUCAAAACGCUGCAGAUCCAAAUACAGAGACAAGCUGGUGAAUGUGAGGCCACUUUGUCCCAUGGUCUUAUACCCCAGAAAUCCUGACGUCCAGACCAGUCCUGCAAAAUUACCCCCAAGGCCCCACAAACCACAUGAAACAAAGCCCGAACCCUCCCUAAGCUUCCCCUUUCAUGACGACCCUUCCCAGCCACAGCAGUCAUCCUUACUCAAGACUGAAAUGAACACGGAUCAGUGCAGAGCUGCAGACUGGAGGAUGCAGAGCUGGGACUCAGCAGAGGAUGAGGAACGACUGGGGUACAUGAUAAUGUCCCCUCAGACCAGCCACAGUUCAUCUGGAUUAGCACAGGAUGACUAUGUUACCAUGGAGAGUCCACAGAAGCCCAACCGGCCAGCUUAUUCUUCUUCAUCCUCCUUCUCGUCCAUUCAGACAACAUUCAGCAGCACAACUGGUGACAGCUACCUUCCUCUGUAUCUGUCACAUUAUCAGACUGAAGACAGUCAGCCACACUGGCUGGUGUCUUCAGCCCAACAGUCAGAAACAGAAGUGGACCAACUGGACACAAGCACCAGCUGCUCUGCUUCUCCGAAGGACGAUGCAAAAGAAGAGCAGAAGUCUGAAGCCACUUCUCCGGAUGGGUCUGUCUUGAUCACUCCAUUUGUCUUGAGUGAAGCAGGCAGCAUAAGGCCACCACUGUCCCACCCAAACAUCGAUACGGGUCAGUCUAGUCCAGUCCAAUGUGUCCUAGACCAGUCUGCUGACAGGAAAUACUGGCUGUCAGCUUGUCUCUUUGCUUGCCUUCAAUCUGAAGCCCAAUCCUGAGCGUUUGGAGUCACGAACUGUGAUGUUAGCAUUGCAAUGAUAUAAACUACAUUUAUUUACUUAGCCAACUGUAGCAGAUGACCAUGUAGUUUGUAGAUGGCAUAUGAAUCCGAAGCUGAUGUCACCACCUGCUGCACAAGCUGACUGGUGUCCCGCAGUGUGUGGGCGCCAAUUUUUAAAAGGGAGGAAAAAAUAAGAAAAGACCAAGCUGAUUUAAAAAAAAAAUAUAUAUAUAUAUAUAUUGAUAUAUUGAUGUUAAUUGCUGCAUUGCCAUCUCUACUGUUGUCUUGUGCUUUAUUACAUUUGUACAAUGGACAAAUGCUUUAAAAUUCACAUGCUUAAACAGUGUGGGGCUAUCAGGUCUUAACAUUGUGAGUUGUGUUUCAGUGCUGUAUGUGAGAAAAAUAAAGUUGCCUUUCUUGAUAA